AUGGCGUUUGCGGGCGCAACUACUGCGCAGUUGGAACCACCCGAAAAUGGAAAGGGAAGCGAAAAGGUAGAGGACCCCAUGAGCCGCAGCGUUGAUUCUGCGGAGGACGGGUCCCCAUCUAAUGACCAGGCGGAAGAGACAUCGAUGUCGUUGGAGGAGCGUGAGGCGCGUUGGGGGUUUACCCUUGACGAACUGCACGUCGCCACCAAAGUGGUGCGCACGCUUUUUCACAAUCCCUCGCUCUUUGUUGGGGACGCGUACCUCCACGAGAGUCGGCUGUACACCAUGAUCACCCGUGACCGCAAGACGAAGCGCGAAAACCGUGAGGUGUACAAAAUGAUCAUGAAUGAGGAGAAAAGCCGGCGAAAGCGGUUUAAACGCAUGCAGGACAUUGAGGCCAUACGACGCACGGAAAUGAAGCGAGAGCGGGAAGAGGCUCUUACGGCGCUGAUGCAGCGGCCGACGAAACCGCUGCUGAUGAUUGCAGGACCGGCGGCGUCACAACUCCCUGUCGAGCCCCCGGAAAGCGCCCAGGAGGAUGCGUUUGACGAGGCCCCUUCUGCGGCGAAUGACCCCAAUCCCUGCACUGCCACUGACCGACAGAUCAUCAUGUUGAUCGGCGCCUUUGAGAACGUGAUCCGUCUGGAAGAGGCUUAUGACGCUAAUCCCACCGCACCAGAGUGGCUGAAAAUUUCGCAGCUGGUGGCACAGGUCUAUCGCUACUUGCCACACGCCUUUGGGUCACAAAUGCCGCCCGCGUUAUUGCGCGGUGCCGUUCCCGCAGGGACGCCGCCUGAGCAGCGAGAAAAAUACACGGCAUUUGUGAAGCUACGCAUCGCAGAGCUCUGUGACGAAUUGUUUACGUUGGGGGAGACUGACGAAAAUGAUGGGAAUGAGGAGAACAGCACUGACGCGGGUGGGAGCAACGCUGGUAAAGGAAAUGUGUUCCCUCCCUCUGAGGAUGUGCUCGUGGCGGAAUCCGCCUUGCUUCGAAGCGUACCACGUCUGCGGCAGUGCGGCGAUUUCAAAUAUGUGCCGGAUGAACUUCGCUCUGCUCUUCAGCACGUCGUGCCGACGACGGACGUCUUGCACUCCUUGAAGCUUGUGCUGGCUGAGGGCGCCGUUGAUAAUCGGUUUGUGCCACGGGAUGCGAAGGUGGCACCGACGUUGUCGGCGGAGGCCUCGUUAAAUCUUUUCAUUGCCAGGCGACUCUACGCGCGGAGGCGGGUGCGAGAGUGGGGGGAGUCUCCUUUUACAGUUCGAACUCGCCCACCGAUAUCCGAGGACGAGGAGCCUGAUAGCUACUGCGUGUUCGACGAUGUGCAGGUUUACAAUGCCGGUCGAUCCUUCCCGUCUGACGAGGCCCUUCAGUUAAACCGAUGGAUCGGAUGUCACACUUGCCGCGUGCGGUAUAACAAGUUGCACCCCUAUUACUACAGCCUUUGUCACCUCUGUGGGGAAUACAACUUCAAUAAGCGACUACUCACGCGGGACCUGCGCGGCAAAGUUGUGCUGCUCACUGGCUGCCGCAUCAAGAUUGGUUUUGCGAUGGCGCUUUCCCUCCUGCGCUGUGGGGCUCAACUGGUGGGUACCACUCGGUUUGUGCAUGAGGCACUGGCACGGUUUCAGCGGGAGCCUGAUUAUGCCGAGUGGGGCGACCGACUGCACCUCUUCGCCCUUGACCUCCGUGACCUUUGGCUGGUGACGCAGUUUUGCGCCUUUCUGCGGCAGCGGUUCCCCAAAAUCUUUGCAGUCAUCAACAACGCAGCGCAAACAAUCGCGCGCACAAAGGAGUACACGGCCAAAGUCCGCCAUUUUGAGGCGUUCCCGCCGCAAGAGCUGCAUCGCCGUCUUUGCGAGGACGCAACGUCGGGAGAGUGGCAUCAUUUUUUUCUCACCCACACUUCUGUGACGAUUGGAGAACCCCUUCGCAUCGAGCACCAUCCCCACGAGCAGCCGUUUCUGGACGACGCGGCAAACAAGACGAACGGCAACCACGCGAGCCCCGACGAGGAGCAGGCGGGACGUGAAGCGUCGUGGUCAUUAGCUGCCACAGCCACCGCCGCCUCCGCCCACGCACUUGCUUUUGACCGCUACGACACCCAGGCAGAGGAAAGUGAUACGCGGGAGGCGAACUCGUGGGUGAUGCGGUUGGGCGAGGUGCCGGGAAGCGAGGCGGCGGAGCUCAUGGCCAUCAACGCCCUCUCGCCGCUUAUCAUUAACAGCAAACUAAAACCCUGUCUGCUGAAUCGGGAGGGCGACGCGGUGCCAAAUGAGGAACGUUUUAUCAUCAACGUCUCGGCCAUGGAAGGUCAGUUCUACCGGUUCAAGCAGGUGACGCACCCACACACGAACAUGGCGAAAGCCGCCCUUAAUAUGAUGACCCGGACGAGCGGUGAGGACUACGCUCAGGAGGGAAUCUUCAUGAACUCCGUAGACACGGGGUGGAUCACCGAUGAGUCACCCAAGGCGAAGAAGGAACGGCGGGCGGAGCAGUCGCUGCUGUGCCCACUGGAUGAGAUUGAUGCCGCCGCACGCUGCCUGGAUCUCAUCUACACAAACAGCAGGGAGUAUGGCAAGUUUUUCAAGGACUUUAAGGAAAUACCGUGGUAA